GCCAUUACUAUAAACAAAGAUUAUAAAGAAUAUAGAACGUUGUAACGUGUUGCGCGCAUUGUGUGUGUAUCUUAUAUCUACACUGCCUACCAUAAACACAGUGCAAUGAAUGACAAAGAAGUGAUUGAUUUUUGUGAGCUGGAGCGUGAACUGGAUGCUGCUGUUGCUGCUGACCUAAAGUAUAAAAGAGAAAAUGAUGCCAAAUUUCGUGCCAUUUCCCAGAAAGUGGCAUCCUAUGAGGAAUUCAGAGACAUUGUACUGGCAUCAAAUCUCAAACCUCUGGAUAGGAAGGACAAGCUGAGUGGAGAGAGGAAGCAACCCUGGAAUGUUCCUGCUACUGUAAACCACUCCUCUGGAGAUAUUGACUCUGUAAUGUUAAAUGAAGAACUGCCUGCUGAACCAAAAAAUGCAUUUGAAUUUACUCGUGACUGGCGGCGGCUUAAAGCGGAAAAUAAAUUUGACUAUCUUUUACAACUUGGAGCUGAGAAGUUAUCUCGAAUAUUCCAUCCUGAAAUUAGUUCUGGACUUUUGGGUGAAUUUAUCUGUAUACUGGAGAAAAAUGUUGACAAUGUUCAUCAGGAUUUAGUUCUUCAAAUUCUGGAAGGCUUGGCCAAGACACAACGGUUUGACCUCAAUUUAGCCUUCCUCAGCAAAGCAGAGAGGGAUAGUUGCCAAAAACUUUUUGCAAAGCUAAUACCUGUUAACCAGAAUGAAACAACUGCUGCGGAUAAAGGAGAUGUUAAAAGGCACCCACUGCUGAAGAAACUAACUGGUCUUUACAAAGCUAAUUAACCAUACUUUCAUUCAUAAUUAUACCUUGCAAUUUG